AUGGAGACGACAUUCAGCCGAAGUAUUCUUCUGCACUGCGAAAGUCUAGAGACGACAAGCGGUAUUACAAUAUCGCAGGUCUUCGUCAAUUCCUUGACGCUCCUCUGGCUCCAGCAAAUCCAGCACGACCGUGUGCUCUUGUUUGUGUCCGACGGCGCAGCCUACAUGAAAAAAGCAGGCACGGCUCUCGAAGUGAUGUUCCCGAAAAUGCUGCAUUUUACCUGCACCGCGCAUGCAUUGCAUCGAGUGGCAGAAGAAGUGAGACUUCUGUUUCCGAAGGUAGACAAGCUCGUCUCGAAUGGCAAGAAACUUUUUUUGAAGUCAGCUCCAAGGACAACAACUUUUCGCGAGAAGGCACCCGGGAUACCUCUGCCGCCUCAACCAAUCCUGACGCGAUGGGGAACCUGGAUUACCGCCGCUUUCUAUUACGCCGAGAAUUUCGAGGCUUUCGCGGUGGUUGUCCAGUCCAUGGACGCGUCUGAGGCCGCGAGCAUUGCGCUAGCUCAAGGAUUGUUGAAGGACGAGUCCCUGAAACGAGAUCUCGCUUUCAUCAGAAGUCAUUUCGGUCACCUACCACCUGGCAUCGAGAAACUUGAAAAAAAGAGACUUCUCUAA